AUGUCGGCAACACGUAUUCCUAUUCGCACUGAGAGAGCCCCUCUACCACCUCCAUUCCUCUCUCAGGGCCUCAUAGUCGGUGACGUGGUCUACUGCUCUGGACAGGUGGGGGCAGACUCGACAGGUAAGCUGGUGGAGGGCAGCAUCCAGGACAGAACGCGACAAAUCUUGCGCAACCUCAAUGCCGUCCUUGAGGCCGGAGGAUCGAGCCUUCAUAAUGCCAUCAAAGUCAACAUCUUCCUGACAGACAUGGCUGAUUUCCCUGCUGUCAAUGAAGUCUACACCCAGUUCUUUGUGGAUCCCAAGCCAGUAAGCCCUGAUAACCUUCUAGAAUUUUCUAUGUGGAUGCUCAUCAUCAUAGAUUGA